AUGCUGCCUACAUCAAAAAUUCUUGGAGUGUUCAACUGGUGUUUAUGUUUUCUUGCUAUUUCAAUAUAUGUCUUGAUCUUUGUGCUUGCAAUCAAAGCUCAUCGAAGUGUACGUGAUAUAGCAUUACUAUUAACCUAUAAUACAUGUUUCGCAGCAUUUUGUACAUGUGCAGCAUCAGCUAUCAUGAUCGCUUCGAAUUUAUUCACAGGAUUUUUAGUAUCUAACAUGACAUUUUGUUAUGUAUGGGGUUUAUUUUAUGAUAUAUGCGAAUGUUCAGUGUAUUUCAGUUAUUGUUUGCAAGGCUUUUAUCGUUUAUGCCGUGUUGUAUUCUACAAAAAGAAGUUUCUUGUCUCGCAUUAUUUAUAUAUUGUAUUAAUUAUUUGUCAGUGGACUUUAGUUCUCAUUUUACUUGUUCCUCCAAUCUUUAUCAAAUGGUAUGCACGAUUAUCAACCGAAUAUUACUGUCUUAUUCCUUAUACAUAUAUUGGACCAGAAGUUUACCAUAUUUUGGUGUUAUAUUUGAUUCCAUUAGGUUGUUUAGGAACUGUCUAUGUCUGGAUAACAACAAAUAUACGUAACAUCUCUCGCACACCGAAUCUUGCAAUCGAAGCCAUUCAACGACAAAGAAAUCAACGAGAUUUAGUUGUUAUUAAACGAAUUCUUUUCUUAUUAUCAAUAUUGAUUGUUUUACGUUUUCCAACGGUGAUCUUCAUGGUCUACGGGAUUGUUGUUGGAUCGUUGUAUCCAUUAACAUAUGCUAUCGUUGGUAUAACAACAUCAAUGUGUUUGAUAGUUAUUGGUUUUAUAACGAUUAAAACAACAACAGAAUUAGAGAAACAGUUUUUAAGUUUUUUCACUAAUCGGAACAAUCGCGUGAUGACAGGACCAAUACCAAGAAAUAUAUUCAAUCGUACAAAUGCCGCAGCAUGUAUAAGAACUACAUCGAAUGGCUGA